AAAUAGAGGCAUCACCGUUUUUCUGAGUGUCCAAAAACCCCCUAUUCACAACUCCGACCCAACCCACGAAUAUAUCUUUCUCUUUCUAUGAUCACGGCGUCAUCACCGUUACCGUUAAAAGAAAUGCAGUCAACGAGGUCACGCCGCAAAGUGGCGCCGGGCGCCGCCGAUUCUGGUGACUCCGGCGAUAAGCAGGAACAGCUCCUCCUUUCUUCAGCCAUCUGUAACGGCGAGGACCUCGGCCCUUUCGUCCGCAAAGCGUUCGCUUCUGGUAGGCCUGAAACACUGGUCCACCACCUCCGUCACUUUUCUCGUUCGAAAGAAUCGGAAAUCGAAGAAGUUUGCAAAGCUCACUACCAAGAUUUCAUUCUCGCCGUCGACGAUCUUCGAUCUCUUCUCUCCGACGUGGAUUCUCUCAAAUCUUCUCUCUACGACUCCAACUCGAGACUCCAAUCCGUUGCCGGUCCUCUCCUUUCUUCCCUUGAUUCCUUCGUCGAAGCUCAAAAUGUUUCCAACAACGUGGACUCCGCUUUACAAUCGGUUUCUUUGUGUAUUAAGCUAAUGGAACUUUGCAUGAGAGCUAAUCAUCACCUCUCAAACGGAAGCUUCUACAUGGCCUUGAAAUGCUUAGACUCGAUUGAAAACGAUUUCCAUGAUAAAACGCCAUCAUCUACUUUAAAAAGGAUGAUAGAGAGCAAGAUUCCAGAGAUUCGAUCUCAUAUCGAGAGGAAAAUCAGCAAAGAGUUCGGCGAUUGGCUCGUGGAGAUUCGUGUGGUUAGUCGCAAUUUAGGGCAAUUAGCAAUCGGACAAGCCUCAGCUGCUAGGCAACGUGAAGAGGAUCUGAGAAUUAAGCAAAGGCAAGCCGAGGAACAGAGUCGACUCAGCUUGAGAGAUUGCGUUUAUGCUUUAGAAGAAGAUGAUGAUGAAGCUGGACUUGGAGGAGACGAAAACGAUGGUCACAAUUACGGUAAUAACGGCGUGUUAGGUUUUGAUUUGACUCCUCUUUAUAGAGCUUAUCAUAUUCAUCAAACUUUAGGACUCGAAGAUCGAUUUAAGCAGUAUUAUUUUGAGAACAGGAAGCUUCAACUAACGUCAGAUUUUCAAGUAUCUUCUAUGACUCCCUUUCUCGAAUCCCAUCAAACAUUUUUCGCCCAAAUUGCGGGGUUUUUUAUUGUAGAAGAUCGAAUCUUAAGGACAGGAGGGGGUUUAAUUUCGAACAUGGAAGUUGAGAAUUUGUGGGAAACUGCUGUUAGUAAAAUGUGCGCUGUUUUAGAGGAUCAGUUUUCAAGGAUGCAGACUGCUAAUCACUUGUUACUGAUUAAGGAUUAUGUCAGUUUGUUGGGAGUUACUUUGCGAAGGUGCGGCUACGCUGUGGGUGCAUUGCUUGAUGUUUUGAGCAAGCAUAGGGAUAAGUACCAUGAAUUGUUGUUGUCUGAUUGCCGGAAGCAGAUUGCAGAGGCACUUGCUGCUGAUAAAUUUGAGCAGAUGUUGAUGAAGAAGGAGUAUGAGUAUUCGAUGAAUGUUCUUUCUUUCCAGAUACAGACAUCAGAUAUUAUUCCUGCAUUUCCUUAUGUUGCACCGUUUUCAUCUACUGUACCUGAUUGUUGUCGGAUUGUUAGAUCUUUUAUUGAAGAUUCUGUUAGUUUUAUGUCUUAUGGUGGGCAUUUGGAUUUCUACGAUGUUGUUAAGAAGUAUUUAGACAGGCUUUUGAGUGAGGUUUUGGCUGAGGCACUUUUGAAGCUUAUUGGUUCAUCUGUCCAUGGGGUUUCUCAGGCAAUGCAGGUUGCAGCAAAUAUGGCUGUAUUGGAGCGUGCUUGUGAUUUCUUCUUUCGUCAUGCUGCACUACUUUCAGGAAUUCCUUUGAGAAUGGCCGAAAGGGGUAGGAGGCAGUUUCCUCUUAGCAAAGCCCGCGAUGCUGCAGAAGAAAUGCUGUCAGGGAUGCUCAAGGCAAAGGUUGAUGGUUUCAUGACAUUGAUUGAGAAUGUGAACUGGAUGACCGAUGAACCUUCACAAGGUGGUAAUGAAUAUGUGAAUGAGGUCCUAAUAUAUUUGGAAACUCUAGUUUCUACUGCACAACAGAUAUUACCACCUGAAGUUCUUAAAAGAGUUUUACAAGAUGUUCUAUCUCACAUAUCGGAGAAAAUUGUUGAUACUUUACUUGGGGAUUUCGUUAAGAGGUUUAAUGUAAAUGCUAUUAUAGGGAUUGAUGUAGAUAUUCGCUUGUUAGAGUCAUUUGCAGAUAACCUGGCUCCUAUUUUCUCUGAGGGCGAUGCAAAUCAGUUGAAAAAUGCACUUGUUACGAGGCAGUUGAUCAAUUUGCUUUUGAGCAGUAAUCCAGAGAAUUUUCUGAACCCAGUAAUUAGAGAGAGGAAUUAUAAUGCCCUGGACUACAGGAAAGUUGUGACAAUCUCAGAGAAGUUAAGGGAUCCUUCGGAUCGGCUAUUCGGAACCUUUGGGAGCAGGGGUGCCAAGCAGAGUUCAAAGAAAAAAUCGUUGGACGCAUUGAUAAAAAGACUCCGGGAUGUGAGCUGAUUUGGCGAGGAGCUGCAUGUAUGUCUUCGUUCUUUCACCUUUUACCUUUGUUGAUUGCAAUUGCAGAUAUUUCUAGCAUAUGGCUAGUUCAUUUGCCUCAUAGAAAGCACAGCAAUUGGUUUUCUCCUCUCUUUUUCCCUAGAUGUCUUGAAAAUUUUGUUUGUAUGUAUCAUUGAUAUGCAUUUUACUAUCAGCUUUAUUAAAGUCUUUAUGGGCCAUGAGUGAUUUUUUUCUUUACCAGUUGCAUGGAUACCUUUUGCCAUUAGUAAAAUGCUACAUCCAUUGCCU